GAACCGUCUAGAAACGUGCAGUGGUUUAGCAUUAUGUUUGUGAGGAGAUAUCAGCAGUGUCCCCCAUAACCAUGGGUAUACACCCGGGAACAUGCCCGGACAAACCCUCCAAGCAAAGCUCUCAGAGGGUUUGGUAAAACCCUGUUCGUUUCGCCCGAGAGAGUUUAGGGUUUAAGGGCUUGUCCAACAAGCGGAGCCGUUUCUCCUUUUGAUCACAGUCCUGACCGCCUCUCUGUUACUUGUCGAGGAUCGGAAACUAUUAGCAGUUCUAGGUUAACGUAGCCGGUCGCAGCGGAAUUCUUUCUUCAGUAUUCGGCGUAGGGACUUCGGCAUCAUUUGAGUAUUCUUAGAGCGCUCUGUUGGUGUUGUAAUGGCGAAGGAAAUUGUGAAGAAGGGGAUGAAGAGUGCUCCCCCUGGUAAGUCCAAGCCGGUCGACAGUAAGGACUCGGCGGUGAAGAAGGAACCUUUUCGAAAAAUGUCAGAACAAGAGGCUCGAAAGGCGAAACAGGAACUCACAGAGACUCGCAAGAGGAAACGUAAGCCUCACUAUGAGAUAGAGAAGGAAGUUAUUUCGUUAUGGGAGAAAACGCGAGUCAGGGAUGUUGAGAAGGACGAGAGGAGCAAGUUGGUAUCUCAAGUUUUGCUGAAGAUGAAAGGAAAAAUGCCAGAGAUGGCUCUCAAUCACAUUGUAUCUCGUGCGUUGCAAAAUUGUGUGAAAUAUUGCACUCCAACUGAAAGGGCUGCAGUGUUUGAAGAACUCCGACCCCAUUGCUUAGCUCUUAUGAAGGAUAAAUAUGCGCACCACAUUGUGAUCAAAAUGUUGGAUAGCGCUGACAAGGCUCAACUGCAGCAAAUGUUGUCAUUGCUUCACGGCAAUGUUGUGGCUCUUCUCCGACAUCCACAUGCCUCACCUGUGGUGGAGCACGCCUACACUUUAGCUAAUGCCGCACAGAAGUUGGAAUUGCUUUCAGAGUUCUACUCCCCUGAGUUCCGGCUCUUUAAAGGAUUAAAUGCUCCUGGCAAGGGCAGGCUGGCUGAGUUUUUCGCGGCUGAACCUGCUGCAAAGAAGAGAUCUGUACUGGAGCACAUGACAUUAGCCUUGCAGCCUAUUCUAGAGAAAGGAAUUGUGGACCAUAGCAUCAUUCAUCGAGCUAUUGUGGAAUACCUGAGUGUGUCGAAGAAGAGCAUGAUUGCCGAAACAGUGCAACAACUGUCAGGUGGCCUUCUGGUUCGCAUGGUGCAUACACGAGACGGUGCAAAGAUUGGCGUAACCUGUGUAAUGCACGGUAAUAAUAAGGAGAGGAAGAAGAUUAUUAAAGGCAUGAAAGGUCAUGUUGCGAAGAUUGCUCGUGAUGACCAUGGGUAUAUGGUAUUAAUAGCAAUUCUUGAUGUUGUCGACGAUACAAAACUUGUCACGAAGAUUAUUAUUAAAGAACUCAUGAAAGAGUUGAAGGAACUGGCGUCACACAAGUUUGGACGACUUGUCUUGCUGCAUCUUCUGGCUCCUCGAGUUCGCCGCUAUUUCCCUGCAGAUGUUUUGGCUCUUUUGGAGCAUCCUGCACCCACAUCUGUUGAAGAUGAGGACGUCGUAGAAGAGAACGCAGUAAUAGCGGAUGCUAGUACUGUAAGCAAUGGCUCUGUAAAGGGCGGCUCGAAAAAAAGCGCCGCAAAGAAAGCUCGGGGGGAAGGAGGACCCGAGCCUAUGGACGAAGACGAAGACGAGGAAGAUGGAGAUGGGGCUUCUGCUGUCAGCAAGAAGGAUCCUGGAGUGCGUCGAUCUGAAUUGCUAUCGAAGAGUGGACUAGCCAAGGACUUGGCUGAAAUUUGUAGAGUUAAUGCUAAGGAAAUGCUGUUGUCUCAAUGGGGUACUGAAAUCAUUUAUGAGGUUGCAAUGGGAGGAGUAAACGGGGAAUUAUGGAAAACAAUGCCGGGCGCAAUAAUGUCAUUGCAUAAAGAAAUUGCCGAUCUAGCUACUAUUGAAAACCAGGAUGAGGAGGAUGCGCAUGUUAUGGAGCAAUAUUUUUCUAGCCCGACUCUACGAAGGUUGAUAUUGAAUUCAACACCUCCACCAGAAGGGGUUGAUGGUCAAUCAUUCGCUACAGUAUUUUGGUCUGUUGCUUUGAAAAAGAAAUGCAAGCGCUGGGCUCAGGGUCACAGUCAAAAGGUGGUGUCAGCUUAUAGAGAAUGCUCCGAUUUAGCUGCGAGAGAGGCGGCGAAAGCCGAGAUUCAAGGUCUUGUUGCUGCGGGUCUCCUGAAACCCGUAGCCCCUUCGCAGCAAAACGGGAAAAAAAGAUGAGAACUCUGAUCUAUUUACCACUCCCCAUAUCGUAGAAUAAUUCUGGUUGAAAUAGAAGAUAUAGGAAGGAUUUUGGAUACGACACUCGUCUAAAUCGCUUUAUGUCCAGUUUUGAUGAGUGCACAAAUUUUGAGGGUUGAGCUCAAGCACAUCCAGAAUCUGACGAGAACUGAUUUGAACACAAGUUGUAAUUUUAUAAGCUAAUCCAUCUACAUUUUUAUGUUCC